AUGAAGCAUCGGAAGGCAAAGGGACUGCUUGCGCUUCUUGCACUCGGUGGUCCCUCUACUGCAAUCCCAUACACUCCGUCCUCUAUCUUCCUUUCCCCACAACACAAUGACUCCCUCGCGUACAUCCUCCGACCUAGCUCCACCGGCGGAACCGAGUUCGUCUCCCUCAACCUGUCCAGCAGUAUCGACGCCGAGAAUUUAUCCUAUCAAACUUUGCUGAAGAGCACGCCGUUCUACAGUUCUGACCAGAACUCGAGUUUCAUUUCCACCAUCAAUGACCAAGGGUUCAUCACAGUCUACUCGGGCAACUGCCACAGCGCAUCCGAUAAGCCGAUACUAUGGGAGUUCCACCCAAACAGCAAUAGCCCAGUCGGCAAUGGGACUUGGCAAAAACUACCAGUUAUCACCAGCGACGCAAAAACCGCUCCGAACUAUCUGGCGGCGGGGUUUACGUAUUCGGCAUCCCGGAACGAGGACGAGAGCUCCAUGUACGCUUUUGGUGGGAUGUGUCCAUUCGCCAACAGCACGGACGAAACAUGGGUCUCCGCAGCCAACUAUUCGCACUCGACGGUCGUGUUAGGGCCGAGUCCCUACUACAACACCAAGUUCACCGCUGCCACUACUGGCAAGCGCGCACCGCCCAUCGCUGAAGCCGGAAUGGCCGUCGUGCCGCUUCAGCCUACAUAUGCUGCCGGUUCUACGGGGAAACAACAGGAUUUCUUGUUUAUUGGUGGUCAUACUAGGCAGGCGUUCCUCAACAUGUCGCAACUCGCCAUUUUCUCGCUGCCGCAGCAAAGCUGGAGCUUUGUUUCUGCGGUCUCGAAUUUGACGCCAAAGACUGAGCUGACUGUUCGGGAUACGGUUUCUAUCGAGCCUCGUUCCGGUCACACAGCAGUUCUCUCAGAAGAUGGAAAUAAAGUGUUUGUGUUUGGAGGUUGGGUGGGCGAUAUUACUGUCCCUGCUGAGCCGCAGUUUGCAGUUCUGGAUCUUGCGGAAGGGUUUGGUGGAACCACUGAAUGGAUUUGGACAGCACCCUCUUCCGAAGGCUUAGGAAUCACCGAGGGUACUGGCAUCUUCGGACAUGGAGCGGCAAUGCUCCCUGGGGGUGUGAUGAUGAUUUCUGGGGGCUACACUAUCCCGAAAUCGUCUUCGAAACGGGCAUUACCGACUACACAGUCCAACCCGCAGAUCUAUCUCUACAAUGUGACUUCGAGCAGUUGGGUUACUUCUUACAGCAACCCUGCAGCCAGUUCCUCGAAUGCUUUCCCCCAUUCUGGUAAGCUUUCAUCGUCCCAAAAGGCCGGCUUGGGGGUUGGACUGGGCAUUGGAUGCCCUGUUGCUAUAGCCAUUGUUUUAUGUGGAUGGAACUAUCACCGAAAGCGCCGUGGAAAGAGCCAGCGAGACUCGCAGCUACGGGAACUUGCUUUGGGGGCCGAACGAUCUCACUUUUGGGGUCGAGAUUGUCCAACACAAGCAAGCAGUAUUCGGGGCUCAGGAAUGAGCCAAACAAGGGAUGCCCUCGUGUAUCCUUGGUCGGCAAACCGCUGCCAGACGACACAACCCAACUGGAAAGUCCAGGGCGAAGGCAUGGCGGAGAGGACUGGGCUGUUGGUGGACCCUCCCAGUCUAGCCAAAAAUAACCGAUCCCCCAUGAUACCUCCAGUGAGCAAUAGGCCAUUCUCAUAUCGAAACAGCGAAUACCGGUGGAGUGAUGCUACUGGUGAUAUCCACCCUAUUGAUGAACGCGAGGAAGAUGAAGAGAUCCUACGAGAACAUCUCAUGGCAAGCACUCCAGCUGAAACAAGACCCACGGUCAAGACGACGGAGCCCGAAGAUCCCUUCUCAGACACCCCCUACGCAACUCCUCGGAGCACCAUCUUCGGCGUUGGCCUAGGUCCUUUCUACAGCCGGCGAAAGGAUAUUGGAUCUGUGGAUCCCGUGUCCCCGACAAAAAGCGAACAAACAGCCACCAAUCUGUCAGAAACCUCGACAUUCUCCUUUGCAUCCACCCAACCUGUAGGCAAGGUCAAUCAAGCACGAGCUAUCCUUGUCGAUCGACCUCUGAGCUGGGGCAGUGGACACCAGUCACUGGAAUACCUCGCCGCAGGCUCAGUACACAGCGAUCCAGACGGCGUAGCCCCCUCGGAAAACUCUGUUUCGGCGGAUUCCUACUCUACAGCCAGGACAAACAUGUCCCAUCGCCAGUCGGAGAACGAGUCCCUCCUCUUUGAUGCCUUCGACCCCACCACACCCUCAUCACCCUCACCACCCUCAUCCCCUUCAAAACUGCCCCGAGAAUCAAAACCUAAACCUGCCGACUGGGUAAUUAACACCAUGCGCCGAGCCCUGACAAUGACCCGCCGCAGCCCCGACAGCCAGCUAGACUCCGGUGCUAGUACCACUAGCACAGCGCACCGGGCCUCCGGCAUUGACCGCCGCAGCACGCUACUCGGGUCUGACCAACAAUCCACAUGCUCGGGCCCUAGCUCCCCGCGCCGAGCAGUCAGCGCUUCAGCAGAGUUAUUCCGCCGUAAGCAGGGCGCCAAAGACUGGAAUGCGGGUAAACGAGUCUCAGACGAUGUGUUUAACACUGCUCGGUCUACACGCGAUGAUCUUUUCAUCGGCGCGCCAGGAUAUCUGGGCAACGAAGCUGGCUUCGGCGAUGAUGAGGAAGAUGUACAUGAUUGGGACCUAGAGGGUGCCGCUGAGGGCCGACGAGUCCAGAUAACUUUCACGGUUCCUCGAGAGAAACUUCGUGUCGUUAAUGCUACUGCUGGCGAUGUUGAUAGUAUGUCUGAGCGCUCUGUUAGUUGGAGCACAGGGAACCGGAGAGUUAGUACCUAG